AUGAUUAAUAGUAAAAAUGUUGAAGUAAUUCCUACUAAACAGUUAAAACUGUUUGGAAGUAAACAGCACAGUAACUUGUCAGAGAAGAAAGUUAGUGAAAUAGAUAUUGCUCUAAUUAAAAUGAUAACAAAGGAUUAUCAACCCUUAUCUUUAGUAGAAAAUGCAGGAUUUCUAGAAUAUUCUAAAGCUCUACAACCUUUAUACACUCCGCCAAGCCGCAAAAAAUUAACUUACGAUUUUAACUUUUAA